AUGAACGCUCAAUUUAACUUAAAUUUUCGUGGCUCAAAUAGGAAUCAAUUUGAUUUUCAAUGUUUACUAAUAUUAAUUUGUUUUAUUUUCACCUGGUUAUUUAUCUAUAUAUCAACAAACGAUGAACUUUGCAAAGCCAUAUUUAUUCAAAAUAGUCUUAUAUCAACAUGGACUGUAGUAUAUGCAAUACGAACGUUUUCACCACAAACGUCAAAAUCUAGAUUUACGUUCAUGUUAUUUCAAUGUACAGUAACUGUACUGAGUGGUUCAGCCAUGCUUAUGAUGCUUUUUUUUGAAGAUUUUGGUUUAUGUUUAUUAUUAGUACUUUCUUUAUUUUUGAGUAAAGCAAUAUUUAUUGCUGGUCCAACACUUUGUCCGAAUACAUGUUCGUUUAUUGAAUGGUUAUUAAUAUCCAUGGGUUGUAGUGGAUUCUUUUUAUCAAUUAAUCUGCAUUGGUGGUCACGUUUUGAAGAUGCAAUAAAUCGUCCAAUUUAUACUUUUGAUUAUGUCGUUGUUUGUGAAUGUUUGCUUUUAUUUGGUAUGAUUGUAUCAAUUUUACAAAUGAUUCCAUGGUCAACAGCAAUAAAAUCUACUACGCAAUUUUAUAUAUCAUUAGUAACAAUAUUUUCAAUUGUUUUUUUUCCACGAGCAUAUUAUUUUCUAAAUCAAAAUCCAUUUAUAUGGUUAUUUAAUUAUAUUUUUCAUAAAUCGCAUAGAAUUUAUUUAUUACUAUUUUGGUUCACUGUAUCAUUAUUAUCAUUAUUAAUAGUUAAUAUCCAUUUGAGAUAUGCAACAGCUAAUAAUAUUACAUAUGAGAAAACAAUACUACGAAAAUAUUUUCAUUUUUUAGCUAUUAUUGUUUAUACGAGUGGAAUACUAUUUGAUACGCAUUUAUUAACCAUGUGUUCGGUUGCAUUCAUUGUAUUACUUCUAUUAUUAGAGUGUAUUAAAAUUAAGAGAGUUGCACCAUUAGGAGAUAUCAUACGUAAUGCAUGGAAUAUGUAUGAGAAUGAAAAAGACAUCGGAACAAUUAUGUUUUCGCAUAUAUUUCUUAUUAUUGGUUUAUCUUAUCCAGUAUGGAUAGCUGAUGAUAGUAAACGCUUAGCACAAUUAAGUGGAAUUAUUAGUGUUGGUAUUGGUGAUUCAGCUGCAUCUAUUGUUGGAUCAAAAGUUGGUAUUUAUAAAUGGCCCGGAACAAAAAGAACUUUAGAAGGUUCACUAGCUGGCUUAAUUACACAGUUUUUAUUUAUUACUUGUCUGCGGUAUUUCGGAAAGUAG